GACAACUCGAGACAUUGUAUCGAAUUGAUUCAAAAACACUAGACGACUUGAUGCACAAUGGACUCGGAACCCAAAGGAGUUGGAAUGCAUUUUGGAAGAAGCAACUCUUGAUAGACAUUAGCUAGGGAACUUCCUCUGAUGGUUCCCGCGGCCCGCCAUAACACGGAAACCGUUGAGGUUUAGUGCUCUGUAGAUGAUUGGGCCGCUCGUUGAUCGUCUUGGCCCGGAUCACGGCCCACCAGCGUCGCGCGGCACGAAGAGUGGAACACGGAGCCGAGCGCGAUUCGACAUUCAUGGCCGAAAGGUCAAGAACCUCCAAAGCCAAACCGGAAUCUGGACCGCAACCCGGACAGGAUGGCCCCUUCGGCUCCGCCGCCGCCGCGAGUACGGCUGACCAAGUCGGGCCGCCCCUGGAAACGAAUGGGCCCGGCGCCGAAACCGCUGGCAGAGCGAUUGAAGAACAGAGGGUUGAAGGAGGUCAAGCGCGUCGAGCGCAGUUAUACCCGCGAGCGCAAGAUUGAGGUGCUGCUGUGGCUCCUCAACCACCGGGUCGAGGAUGUGCGCGGCCACAGGCCCCGUCGCCGCAUCGGCGAUCCUAUCGAGAUGGAAGUCGCCAACCCGGGCACCGAGGAGGCCCUCAAUGGCGUCCUGAUCUGGAACCGCGCCCCCACCUACGCCGAGGCCUCGCAGUACUGGAAAAUUCCCGUCCCGACCAUUCAAGGAUGGUGGGAUGCCCGCAAGAAAAUCCUCGACGGGACCGGCGUCGAGCUGCCCGAGGUUGGCCGCGGCGGUCCCAUUACCCUGACACCGGCGCCCCCAGGCGUCGACCCGCAUCCAGUAUCGACCGCCAAGAGGCUCCGGGGCCCAAGUAACAAGAACAACGGGGAGCAGCAGCACGGGCAGCGUGCUGCGUCUUCGACAGAACAAUCCGUGGGCACGCCGGCGACGACCCCAGCGACACCGGCGGCACCGGCUCCCAAUGGGGCGUUGUAUCCGUCCACACUGAACUGGAUGGGGGAAAAGUCGUCUAAUGCUUCUGGGACACGUCCUGCUUCUCUUCUCCCAACAUCGCCGGCCGGUUCCGGGCAGCCUGCGAACGUGGCAUCGCUGGGGCCCCCUGCCGGUCUGCCAGGUCGUCCGCCGGCGGGGAAGUCCAAGAAGUCAGCUGCCCCUGCUCCCCAACUGCCUCGUGGACUUCCUCCUGCUUUCGAUCCAGCGAACUAUGUCGUCGUCUACAUUGGUCCCCAGCCCGGCCCAUUGCAUGGUCAACACUGCAUCCACCCCGGCGCUAUUCUGCCAGUGGUACACUCCGGCCAGCCGAUAGAAGUGGCCCCAACGAGUUUUGUCUCUGUUUACCCCAGUCAUCCUCCGCCGCCCGGCCCCAGGCCUCCACCUCCGCCUCCCAAUGCAACAUACAUUGGAGAAGCCGUGUAUCCCGAUCCACACGAUCCUCCGAAUCCUGGCCAGCACCCUCCGCACGGACCCCCCGGCUCAGUUAGGUCCCAUCCUCCAUCCGGCCAGCCACACCCACCAAUACAAGCCCCCGCCCGCUCUAAUGGGCAUAGACCGCUGUUACCUGCCUAUGGACCUGCCGGCUACGUCAGCCCCUACGCCCCGCCGACCUCCGCUGCGGUCGCUCGCCCACCACCACGCCCUAUCCCUCGGGCUGUGCAGGCCGGCGAUCCGCGGAGGCCACUUGCCCCGACACCCCAAGCUCCCGCAUCGGCGAACCAGUCGCCGGCAUCGGCAACAAACACCGCACAUGGCCAGCUGGCGAGAGACAUUACAACGGGUCCACCAGAAGCUCAACAGCAAAAUCAUGUCGCGCCACCUGGCCAGCAACCGGCUGAGAGCCAACCUCUACCAACAGCAACAGGCACAAAGCCAGCGCCCCCCGCGGCUCUAACAGAGUCGGAGGCUGCAACCCGGCCGGCUAAUGAGCAGGAGCCGUCCGCUUCAGGGAAUAUGGAACCGAACCUGCAGCGGCGGGGGAUGGAGCGGCCGGAUACGCCUGCGCCCGAGUACCAGGAACCGCCGCCGCCAAGCGCAGAAGACGAAACACCCAUGGACACGACCCCGUCCUUCCAAGAGGACACUACAAGCCCAUAUGCGGAAGACACGGUAUACGGGACAGCGGAUUCCGCGGAAGUGAAUGCAGCAGAAUCAUCUGGUGAGGAUAAUCUGACAUCCGGUCCUCUGGAGACAGCGGCGCAGACAGAUGCCCACGAGGAUACGACCAUGCCCAUGGAGAUGGAACGCGAUGGCAAAGAGCCAGCUGGAGAAGCGCCGACAGCGGGGUUACAGGGUGAACCGUCAGCAAAUGAGGAAGGAGAGGAAAAAGAAACGACUACAACCCCAAUGGAUAUUGACACUGCAGCUGACCAGCUGAACGAUGAGUUGACUGAUUCCCUUUCUGAGUCGGCCGUGUCAACACCUGCUUCUUGAGGCCUUGGCAAUGGAGUCUCGCCAGCGGGCUUCUCCUUCAGCGAGGAGCUGGACUGACGCUUGGCGUGUGAUCUGCAUAGUGCAAGGUGUUCACAAAGGAGUGGAAUAUGAGCAAGUAUGGUUAGCAUUUGGAGUUAUGGUAGCAACUGCCUUCCUCCCGGCGUCAACUGGAGUCGGUGGAUAGAUACCACGGGUUUAUUUGGGGUUUCAAGUCAGUGGUUUGUUGACUUCAACAAAAACUCCUGCGGAGCAUUGUUAAUUUGAACAUGAUUUAUCCUUCUGAAAACACUUUCAGGAUGUUUAACGAUGUCAGGGGUUUGUUUACUUCAACCAUCCACCAGGCAAUAAUCCUGCCAGCAUCCAAGCCUUCCACGC